GUCACCAGAGUGGGACGCAGGCACCGGAAUUAGACGAGCGUUACCGGUAUUGUCUGAAACUAGAGUCGUCUCCUUUCCUUCUAGUUAGAGAAAUGGCAUCUACCGGCAAUCCUCCGGGUCAAGGUUUUCAAAAUAAAAACAGAGUGGCUAUCCUAGCUGAACUAGACAAGGAAAAGAAAAGACUGCAGAACCAGUCAAUGAAUAGCCCUGGAGCCAGCAUUCCUCUAUCGAGACCUGCCCUGAACAAAGAUUUUAGAGACCACGCUGAGCAGCAGCACGUAGCAGCACAACAGAAGGCAGCCCUGCAGCAUGCCCAUGCACACUCGUCAGGCUUCUUCAUAACUCAGGAUUCUUCAUUUGGAAAUCUUAUUCUUCCUGUCCUGCCACGACUUGACCCAGAAUAAGGCGGUGUGUAUUUCUUCUGAGAUCUGAAUGGAAGACUUGGUCAUACAUUCCUUCUCGUAUUCUGAAGGAAAAUUUUAAAAAAAAAAUUAAAAAAAUUAAAAGAAAAGUAAAAUUUGACUGCUCCAGAUAUUUUUUUGUUUCAAAGAAGACAAUACAGAGCAGUUUUGUAAAGUGUUCAGUUUGGCUUAACUGGAAACAACAACAACAUUUGAUAAUGGAACAUUACAAGUCUGUUAUUUACCUAUAGUGACCAUGUUUCAGAUUUUUCUGCCUGGUGACUGUAUGUUAGCUUUUCCCAGUCAGUUUUCUGUGCACAUUUUUAUGAUUUACAUUUUUCAAUAAAGUCUGAAAAUGUGGUGUUA